CCUCCGGCAUCGCUUCACUGCGAAGGAUGUUGCACAACUUCGUCAAAGUUUACUAUGUUGGUAUGAUGCUAAUAAACGGGAUCUUCCGUGGCGUAGACUGUUGCACCUGCAGAUCACUGAGCCCGAUAUCAACGUUCGUGGUUAUGCCAUCUGGGUUUCUGAAAUUAUGCUUCAGCAGACUCAGGUGAAGACGGUGAUCAGUUAUUACAAUCGCUGGAUGCAGAAGUGGCCCACAGUGCAUUCGCUUUCCGCAGCUUCACUUGAGGAAGUUAAUUCACUUUGGUCCGGUCUGGGUUAUUAUUCUCGAGCAAAACUUUUGCAUGAGGCCGUGAAGAAGGUUGUGGAUGAAUUCGGUGGCAAUCUCCCUCAAACUGCUGAGCAACUGAGGGGUCAUCUUCCCGGAGUCGGUCGAUACACAGCGUGUGCAAUUUCAAGCAUUGCUUUCAAUGAACGUGUUCCCGUCUUGGAUGGCAACGUGAUGCGCGUCCUCACCCGGUUACGGGAAAUAGGCUCACCCAUCCAACUCAACACAACCAACGCCGUUUUGUGGGAUCUUGCCGAACAGCUAGUUGACCCUAACCGCCCUGGCGACUUUAAUCAGGCCAUUAUGGAACUCGGAGCUGUUUGCUGCAAACCCAAGCAACCCAACUGUUCAGAAUGUCCGCUGGGGGAGAUAGGCCUUUGUGGUGCCUACGAGUC